AAAAGGUGGUAAUAAUAUAGAGUGGCCAAGAAUAAGAAAUGCAAAGAAAAGGGAAGUAGAGAAGAGAGUAGUGACAGAGAAAGAGAAGAAGAAUGCCGCUAAGCUCGACGGCGAUCGGAGCCCUAUUGGGUUUGGGCACUCAGAUGUACUCCAAUGCCCUCCGCAAACUCCCUUACAUGCGCCAUCCAUGGGAGCACGUGUUGGGAAUGGGGCUGGGCGUUUUGUUUGUAGACCAGCUCUUCAAGUGGGAGGCCAAGGUCGAACAAGACCUCGAUAAGAUGCUCGAGAAGGCCAAGGCCGCUAACGAAAGACGUUAUAUUGAUGCAGAUGAUGAUUAGUGCAACAUUAAGGUUUGCUGAGUUUUUUGUGAAGAAAAUGAAGAAAUGUGUUGGACCUGUUCCCCUUGUUUUAUGAUUUCGUGUUGCUUUAUUUCUAAGGCUGUUAUAGCUUUUUCAUGCUGGUAUACCUGUUUUGAGUAGAAGGUUUGGGAAGCAGUCAAACCUGUAAGAAGGUUUCAUGAAUAAUAAAUUCAAUCGGAAUAACUUUUUAAGGAUCA